CGUCACUACUAAGUUGUGUGUUGCCAGCUUUAUAAGUAUUUGGCGGGAACGCACGCUCGAGAUCGCGACGCGAAAAAAGAAAUAAUAAAAUAUUUUUUUAUCAAUUGUGAGACGAUUGUAAACAAUGAAGUCCACGGUAUAUAUCUGGUUACGGUGUUUGGCUCUUCUUUACGUUGUUACGAUAGCAAACUGCGGCCUCCUCGGUUCUCAGUGUCGCACCAACGCAGACUGCUCCGCCUCCAACUCGCGCUGCGCGAGGGGAGUCUGCACCUGUCAGCCUUACUACGCUGAAGUUGACAACUCCACGUGCCUCCAGUCGACACUUCUCGGCUCGGAAUGUGUGGUGUCAGAACAAUGUACACUAAAAGUAGCCUACAGCGCUUGCUUAGAUGGUGUUUGUCGGUGCACGGAUGGUCAUUUGCAAUUCAGAAAACACACGUGCCUCUCACCUGCUCCACCAACUCACGUUUGCUACAGUAAUGAACAUUGUCGUUUGUGGGAUAAAGACAGCCACUGUGAAUUUGUUAUACCCAAUCUAUUUGGAAGGUGUUCCUGUAAUUCAUUCUUCAAGAAAUCUGGAGAUAAAUGCCUUCCUAUAAAAUUACCAGUGUAUGCCACAGAGGCAGUAAUAGCAGAACAAGAAACUAGUAAUGAUUCAUCGAAUGAAACAAACAAUGAAGUUGCAAAUAUAAAAGAUCGUUCAUCUCAACCUAAUUUUGUCAUCGAUUCCGAUGAAAUAAAGCCGAGUAAAUUACCAACGUAUACGAGUAAAAACGACGUAUUAAGUACUCAAGAAGACAGUCCGUUAAUGCAAACUGUUAUGAAAGUACCUUCAAUUGAUCAAACAAAACGGCUAUCGGUUUCUAUUAGGAAAGAUGGAGAACCAAAUGAACUCAUCAGUUCGGAUGAAAUGACAGCUAAUUUACAUGCCAAUGAUCAACCUGUAUAUAGAGUCGUGACUCAGCCAUCAGUUGAUAAGAAAUCGAAUAAGAAAAGUGGUACCUCUAAGGAACAAAACGGAGGAAAGCAUAAAGGUGGACAUCAGAAGAAAUCAUCACUUAAAGAUAAACAACGCAUUCGAGCAGAUGCAAUACCAGACGUAGACCUCGGACCCGUGUCUCUCGGAAUGCCGUGUUACAUCGACAGUCAGUGCCAGAAAGUGGACCCCAACACCCGCUGUGUCAACAAGCGCUGUGAUUGCUCAUACCGCACUAAUUCCACAUCGGCUUGCUCAGCGCGAAAUCGAGGCUGUCUGCCCGGUACAUUCCAAUGUCGAUCAACUGGGACCUGCAUAAGCUGGUACUUCGUGUGCGACGGACGAAAGGAUUGCCCAGAUGGCUCCGACGAGAAAUGCCUAGGUACUGGUAAAGAGGGCACAGGUGAGCGGUGCCCGAUGCACGCGUUCCGCUGCGGCGGGCCGGGCUCGCCGUGCGUGUCGCGCGCCGCGCGCUGCGACGGCACGCCGCAGUGCCCCGGCGGGGAGGACGAGAGGAACUGCAAGGCUACUAGGAGGAAGGGUUGCCCACGACACACGUUCCGAUGCGGGUCCGGCGAGUGUCUCCCGGAGUACGAGUUCUGCAACGCCAUUAUAUCUUGCAAGGAUGCGUCUGAUGAGCCCCCACAUCUAUGUAACGAGCAAUCCAGAUGGCGCGCAGCCGACUUCUGCCCGCUGCGGUGCGGCAACGGGCGCUGCCGCAGCACCGCCGUGGCGUGCUCCGGACGCGACGGCUGCGGCGACAACAGCGACGAGAUCGCCUGCUCUGUGUGCCGAUGUCCAGCAUCACCACAGUCGCCGUAAAGAAAAUACUAAUCAAGAGUGCACUAGAAAAUAUAAGCCCAUUUCUGAAUGAAGAUCUCAAAAAGAAAACUAUACGAAUUUAUAUGGAACUUCAGUUGUACGGAUUUUACUCAAAUGUUUGAUUUAAAUGGUUGGAUAAUUUUCGUCUAUAUUUUGGUCUAUCCUAUAUUUCUUCAAGAUUUAAAUGAAAGCAAUAAAAUGGGCAUAUUAUAACGUUUUCAAAUUAGUUUCGUAUUGUAUUUAUUAUAAUCCGAACAACCACAUUUAAGUGUUUAUCGACCAGAAAAAGAAGCAGUUUUUGUAUUAAAAUUAAUAAAAAUCCGUAAAGAUAAUAAAACCCCACUCAAAAGACUGAGGAGUGAUACUCUAUUUCUUGCAUUUCAUUUUAUAGAUAAAUAAUAAUUGUAAAUAAAUUGUAAAAGUUAAGAAUAGCAAUUAAAUAAUUACUGAUUGUGAAAUAUUUUGAUUAAUUCGAUACCACCAUUAUUUUUCUUGUUUUAGAAACGUAGAAGAUGAAUGUAAUAUUUCAUGAAGACGGGCUUAAUAUUUUUUGUAAUUUCAUAUCGAUGUUGAUCAUAUUUACUCACAAUCUUUAAAUUUUCCUUGUUUCAAAAAUAGAAAACGAAAUGGAAUUCAAAGUUAUUUAGGUAUUUUAAAUGUUUGGUCUUGAAUUCAAAUAGAUUUGUUCCAUAGUUUAAAAUAUUAACCCGCCUUCUUAAAAUGGUUUGUUUAGCUACGUUUUGAUUAUUUUGUAUAAGUGAGCAGUAGCAUAAAUGAUAAAUUAUUUCGUCUA